UGUCGUCAAAACAUUUCUGAUCCACAGAAUGGAAAGAGAUGCAGACUUCUUGCACAAGAAAGCAGAGAGGGCCACUCUGAGGGUUUGUCUACGAGAAAAAUACAGACUUCCUAAAAGUGAGCAGGACGAUAACAUGAUCCAGAUAGCAGGAGAUGACGUGGAUGUUCCCGAGGAGCUGCUGAAGAUGGUGGAUGAGGAUGCCACGGAGGAGGAGGAGAAGGACUCCAUCCUGGGGCAGAUGCAGAACUUACAGAACAUGGACAUGGAUCAGAUCAAAGAGAAAGCCAGUGCUACACUGACAGAGAUCAAGUCCAAGGCUGAGGAGAAGUGCUCUGUCAUGUAGUGGUUUUUAACACAUUCACACAUUUCUACAAACCAGGUCAGGUUUUUGAUGCAGUUUUGAUACAAAAACCAGGUCAGGUUUUUGAAACACAGUUUUGAAAAACUUUUUGUUUUUGACAUGUCUUCAAAUGAAAUUUCACGUGAAAGCAUGUCAAAAGAAGUCACCCAAGCUUUUAGUUCCCAAACGCUGCAAGAUCUGGCUCUAGAUCAGCUUCUCUUGCUUGGCUCCCAGUUAUGCUGCAGGACUUUUUCUUUUGUUUGUGUUGUUUGAAUAACUGAUGUUGUAGUCUAUUCCCUCCUUUUCCUUUUUUUUUUAAAUUACCUGUCAUAUUAUAAUAUGCAAUAUUACCUGUAAAUAUAUCUAACAAACAUCUAACUUGAACCUGAGGCGGAGAAUCUGUUUAAAUCCCCCUCCUGCUUUUUUGCACAAGGGAUGAGAUGAAUGUGAUGCUGUUAUUUCUUCUUCUUCUUGACAGCAGACCAUCUAGCAUUGACAUAUAUGAUAUUGUAAUGCUCAUUAGGAAUCUUUAGUCAUAUGUAUUAAGUUUUUAUGUGAGGUAAAUAGGGAUGAAUAGGAUUGAUGUCUCAUGUGUAAACAGAUUAAACACAUGAAUAAAACAGUGGAUUGAAAAA